AUGACCACUUAUACCGUCAACCUGACGGGAGCUGCGGGGAGCCAGGUUGAGCGUGAGGUACGGCGGCUCGCGGGCCUUACCUCCGCCUUCACUCGCCCCAGCGCCGCCGCAGCCGCCGCCUCCGCUAACGACACCGCUAACACCGCUCAAGGCGCAUCCUUUGACACCGUGGAGGAAAUGGGCGCCGCCAGCCCCGGAAGCGGCGCCGGCGCCGGCGGUGAAGUCGACGCCAUCUGCAGCGGCGGCGGCGGCGGCAGUCUGGCGCAGCCGUCGCCGCGGCCGUCAUUCUUCGGUGGCAGUGUCCGCGGCGGCGGCGGCGGCGGCGGCACCGCGGCCGGCCGUGGGCCCAUCCGACCCGCCUUCGGCGCAGCCGCUGCCAGCAGCACCGGCUCCGGCGACGCGUGCCGGCCCAGCGUCAACGGCGACGUGGCCAGUGUACGGCAUUCCGUCGAGCUCGCUGACGUCACCAGCAUUCCCUCCUCUAGCAACAUGAAUAUUCCCGGUCUGGAGGGGCGCCAAGGAACUGGCCGGCAGGGCCGGCGGCCGUCAUUGCCGCAGGCUUUCCUCGGCGCCGACGGCGCCGUUGCCGCCGCGACGGCGGCGGCGACGUCAGCCCCACCACAUGGCAGCAGCGGUUCCCUCUCCCUCUCCUCAGUGAUACCCAGCUCGAGCUCGCAGCUGCUCUCGGGUCAGCUGGGGCUUAUGCGGGACCGCAAGGCCUCCCGUCACAAUAUGCUUCUUGAUGGCUGUUCGCCACCGCCGACGCCGCCGCCGCCGACGACGACGACGAUGACGGGAGGCCUGACGUGCCCGGCGACGCCGGGUGGCGGCGGUGGUGGCAUUGGCGCUGCUACUGCUGGCGCGUCCGCGUCGUCCCCGGUGAUCAAGCUUCCCACGCUGCCGUCAGCGACUCCGGGGAGGGCGCAGUCGGGCUCUCAGAUUGCUGAUCCGUCCACCUCCCCGCCACCACGCCGCAUACACGCCACCAUCGUCUCUGCCUCCACCGUCACCCCCGCCGCUAUCGCAGUUGUCGCGCUAUCGCCCUUCACCUCCGCGGCACCGUCAGCCACCAUCGGCGGCGGCGGCGGCGGCGGCUACCCUCUGGCCCUCACUGACUCCCGCCCUGGCAGCUCCCGCCUGGUGCUGGCCCGCGGCUACACCACCAACAUCCUCACAGUGCCCGACAGGAGGAGUUCCGUGGAGAACAUCGACCUUGGCGCCGCCGUCACCGUCGGCAGCAGCGGCGGCGGCGGCGGCGGCCGGUGGUUUCAGCAGGACGCUGACGACAUGGAGGCGAUGUUGUCGGGCAAUGAUGAGCUGUUGGAACGGUUGAUGGUGGCGGGGAUGUCGUACGGCAGCGGCAGCGGGGCCCCGCUGGUGGCGGGGGGAGUCGGUGGCGGUGCGGGGAGCCGGGUGUUCAGCGGUUGUGGGGCCGGUGACAGCGGCGGCAGCGGAGGGGGGGAGCCGGCGGGGGGCCGGCUGCUGCCCCGGCUGGCGGACGUGUCCUCUUCCUCGGUCGGGGGCCCGCAGGACCGAGCCACUGCGCAGCUGCAGGAGCUUUGGAGGGUGCAGGCCAGCGUGGAGGACCAGCUCAACCGCGAGCGCCUGGCGAUGGCGGCGGGCAGGGGGGCCCGGAAGGCCAGUGUACUGGAGGACGUGGCGGGACAGCACCAACCAAGGUGGCAGGUGUCGUACAACGUGGAUGCGCCGGUGACUCACGCCAAGUUGGGCACUGUGGACGCCAGCCGCCGCAGCGAGCUGGACAGGGCCCACCUGACCAAGCUGGUGAAGGAGCAGAAGGCGGCGGCCGGGGGCCAGCAGCACCCGGGCCCGGUAGUGCCGGCGGCGGCCGUAUCGCCCGUGGUGGCGAGAGCUCGCCGCUUGUCCACCGUAUUGGUGGCUUAG